UUUGCUAACCAUCUUGUGUAUACCACGUGUGCACAAUAUAAUUUUGAAUUUUUAAGAUUGCUGUCAGUUUUUUUUAUUGUUGGCCUAAGUAUUUUGUUCUUCGGUAUGUUGUCUGCUUAAUCCCUUGUAUUACAGUAUACAGUCUUGAAAAAGGAUUCUUAUUUUAAAAAGCAAUGAUGAUUCAUAGUAAAAAGCUUAGUGGCCCAGAAAACCGAAAACGAACCCAUGCAAAAAUUGAAGCUCAAGCAAAAAUACUUUUAAAGACUGCUAAGUUAGAAACAUAUUUUAGCUUUACAGAUAAACAGCUUCACACAUCGCCGGUUGAAAAUGUAAAUAAUACAAGCGAUGAAAAUGAUCACAGCUUUAUUGUUAAUGAGAAUAACCUAUCAAAUCCAGACGAUUUAAUAUUAAUAUUAUCAAGUAAGAGCUGUACUGAAACUAGUAAAACUCUAUUGACUCCAGAAUCCAAAGAACUAAAUGAAACACCCUGUUUGUCCAUGCAUGAACAUAACAAGCCCGAAUGUUUAUUAAACCAAAAUGAUCACAGAUUCACUGUUAAUAAAGAUAAUCUAACAAAUCCAGACAAUCUUAUAUUACUAAAUAACAGCAGCACAGAAACGAGUAAAACUCUAUUGUCUACAGAAUCGGAAGAAAUAAAUGAUACACCACGUUUGCCAAUGGUUGAACAUAACAGCCUUCCUAAACAAAGUAUUGUUCCUGAGUAAGCUUUUUUUAAUUUUUUUCAUGGUAGGUUACAAUUAUAAACAUGUACAAAGGUAGACUAUUUUUUUAAGUCGCUUGUCAUGUAAAAUUAUGCUGGAAAUUAAAUUAUUAACAAAUAUAGUACACUCUGUACAUUUUAAACGAUACCUAUAUCCUCUAGUUAUAUUAUAUUAUGCAUUUAUCUC